AUGGAUCGCCCUGGUUAUAUCGAGACUCCUGGUCGUCGAUCGUCCCGUAAGAGCUCGGCUUUCGAUACGAGCGAGAAUGAUGCCUCCGACUCGGCUGGACCCAGAUCGAAGUCGACCACUCGUCGUCGCACAUCGGGUAAGGUCAAGGAUGAGGAAGAGGAGACGACUCCUGUGACCCUUGCGCCCUCGACCAAUGGCAAAGCGGCGACACCGAAGAAGUCGAAGGCGAAGUCCAAGUCGCGCAUUGUCGAUGGCUGGGAGGAGGGACUCGAUCCUAAGAUCGAUUAUAGUGGACACUACGAGUUUGGUGGCUCUCUGGGUGUGCUGUCUAUGAUGAUUGGUUUCCCAAUGCUCAUGUAUUACAUGUGGAUUGGCGCGACUUAUUACGAUGGCAAAUUCCCAACUCGUGAGGAGGGGCAGAGCUUCGCGGAGUUCUUCGCUCAUAUGGGGCAAUUGGUUUACAAUGGCGCGUUCCCUUCGCUGAAGGCUUGGACUAUCUACUGGGUCUUUUUCCUUUUCGAGGGCGCGUGCUACGUGCUUUUACCCGGUGUGUCUGUCUCAGGGCGUCCCCUCCCGCACUUGGGUGGCAAGCAGCUUCCUUACUACUGCUCAGCUGUGUGGUCGUUUUACACCAGCAUUGUGCUGGUGUUGGCUCUGCACUUCACUGGCCUCUUCAAGCUUUACACUCUCAUUGAUGAGUUUGGUCCUCUUCUUAGUGUCGCCAUUCUGUCGGGCUUCUUGGUCUCCUUCGUGGCCUACUUCUCGGCUCUGGCUCGCGGCGCCGAGCACCGUAUGUCCGGAUCUCCGAUCUAUGAUUUCUUCAUGGGUGCUGAGCUCAACCCGCGCAUGUUUGGCAUUUUGGACUUCAAGAUGUUCUUCGAGGUCCGCCUCCCCUGGUUCAUCCUGCUCUUCCUUUCUAUGGGUGCUGCCGCUCGUCAGUGGGAGGUUUACGGAUACGUGUCUGGCGAGGUCAUGUUCCUCGUCAUGGCGCACUUCCUGGAUAUGUACUACGAGAAGUGGGGCUUCAUGCUCAUCUUCUGGAACUUGGCAGGUGUGCCUCUGAGCUACUGCCACUGUACCAUCUACCUGGCCAACCACGACCCCAGCGAGUACCACUGGAACCGCUUCUUCCUUGUUUUCCUCUACGUUGCAUACUUGUUCGUGUACUGGGUUUGGGAUACCACCAACAGCCAGAAGAACCGUUUCCGCCAACAGGAGCGUGGUACCAUGGUCACUCGUAACACCUUCCCCCAGCUGCCGUGGCAAACCGUGAACAACCCCAAGACUCUCACUUCCGCCGAGGGCUCCAAGAUUCUUGUUGAUGGGUGGUACGGCAAGGCGCGCAAGAUCCACUAUACCUGCGAUCUCUACUUCGCUCUGAACUGGGGCCUGAUCACCGGCUUUUCCAGCCCCUUCCCCUGGUUCUACCCGCUCUUCUUCGCCUGCAUGAUCUCCCAUCGUGCCCUCCGUGACAUUCAGCGGUGCCGCAUCAAGUAUGGUGAGACUUGGCUCGAGUACGAGCGCCAGGUGCCCUACCUUUUCAUUCCCUACGUCUUCUAA